AUGAGGUCAUCAUCCGCCCUUUCCUGCAGAUCUUGCAAUCUUAGGCAGUGGUUUUCCAAGUGUGGUCCCAGACCGACAGCAUCAGCACCACUGGGAGCCGACAUUGUGCUAAGGCUCCGCAAGCUUAGGACCACUUCAUCCUCACCCCCACCCUACGGUGGUGGCAUUAAAUUCUAUUUAAUCGAUGUGGAAUCCAGCCGGAAAUCCUCUUGUCAGAAGCAGGUUUGUCUCCUCCUCUCUGUGAGAAGUUCCCAGUGAAUGGGUAACUCCAUCCCGGGCAAGAGCAUGCCUGUGUUCUAAAGCUGCCAACACACUUCCCCACAGGCAAUGACUCAGUAGAAAUACCCAGCUGAAGAGCUCGGUGAACUUCAUGGCUGUUGGCUCAGCCAGGCACGGUUCCCCUUAGCCCGGGACAAAACUGUUCAAUGGCUCCAUUGGCUUCCAACCACAGAACUAGGGACCAGUGAUCCAUAA